AUGGCCAGUGCAGCAAAAGAGGCAGAAAAUGCUAUUGGUUUGGAAGAAAUCCAUGCAGAGACGAAAGAACCACCGAAAGGGCAAAAGACAUUUACGGUGGAAGAAGCUGUGGAAACCGUUGGGUUUGGGAGGUUCCACAUCAUGCUUUUCCUCAUCAUGGGCAGCACUGGGGUGGUUGAAGCCAUGGAGAUCAUGCUCAUAGCUGUUGUGUCCCCCCUCAUCCGAUGUCAGUGGCAGCUUCAAGACUGGCAGGUGGCUUUGGUGACAACAAUGGUGUUUUUUGGCUACAUGGUGUUCAGCAUCGCUCUGGGGCUCCUGGCCGACAGGUACAGCCGCUGGAAGAUCCUGCUGCUCUCCUUCCUCUGGGCAGCCUAUUUCUCCCUGCUGACCUCAUUUGCCCCAUCCUACAUCUUGUUCAUGUUCCUACAGGCCAUGGUAGGAGGCGGCAUGUCGGGCCACGCGCAAGGGAAGGGGGAUGCAUGGUUGUUGCUGUGCUUUCAGCUCAUCCCAGAGUCGGUGCGGUACAGCGUGUCCAUGGAGAAGGUGCAGGCAGCACUGGCCACGCUGCAGAGGAUAUCCAGCAUGAACGGGGUGCCCAUGCCACAGGGACAGCUGAGAGAGCCUCCCAAGGUCUAUCCCACCACAAUGAGAGCGCUGGGGAUGGGGACGAGUGGCUCAUUGUGCCKUGCAGGAGCCAUGGUGGCCCCAUUUAUAUCACAGGUCCUUAUAAGCGUGUCUUUCCUGGGUGCCCUGUGCCUCUUCUCCUCCGUGUGCAUUGUCUGUGCCAUCUCUGCUGUCACCCUGCCCAUCGAGACCAAGGGCAGGGCCCUGCAGGUGGGUACCACCCUCCAGGAGCUCCUCAAGCUGCUCAGGGGAUGGGAGAUGAUGAUCCAGAACCCAAACCCAGCUCUCCUGAGGUUUCUCAAGCACAGGAAAGUGCUGCUGCAGCAGCUUCCAGCAGCGUUCUCCCAGCUGCCCAAAGCUUGUUUCUCCUAA